AUGAUAUAUUUUUAUGAUAACGAUGGUGACAAAAUUGUGAUUAUCGAUGACAAAGAUGUUGAGUAUGCCUGUCAAUAAGGAAACCGAAAAUUUAGAAAUAGAAUUAAAUUUUAUAUUUACUAUAAGCUAAAGCAACCGAGAAUAAACAAUAUGUAGAAUCAAAUUUGGGAUCACAAAGAAUUAACCAUAUCGGAUGGAAGUGAAUAGAUUCAAAAAUCGAAUAACUCGAUAAUCAAUAUACCUUCUUUUCCUUUAGUUGACAGUCGAGAAGACAAAUUAAAGCAAAUGAUAGAAAAUUACAUUGAUACUCUUUUGCUUGAAUAGUAUGAAAUUUGA